UGGCAACGAAGUUUCUCAUGUUUACCGGCGAAUAAAUUCGCCACUAAAUCUAAAACACAAUUUCUGCGGGCCGCUCCAUUUACCCGGCACCUCUUCCUCUUUCUUGCGAGGGGGAAGCCGGGAUGAAACACUUGACGAUUGCCUGUACAAAAUGCAGGUGGUGCACCUCCUAGAGGGGCGCAGCUCUGUCGAGGGCGGCGGCAGGAUCUGGUCACCCCACUGGCGUCGCGGCCGCCGCAGCUACCAUCGCCGGAGGUGCGUCCCUGCAGUGGUGGUUGCGUCAGCCGCCCUCAACCAGAACCACUACGCUGUCCUCGGCCUCUCCCCCACAGCUUCUCGCGCCGAUAUUAAAAGGGCUUAUCGUCUUCUCGCUCGCAAGUGUCAUCCUGAUGUUAGCAAGAAUUCACAAGCCGAUGAGCUGUUCAAGAGCAUCCGUCUUGCAUAUGAUGUACUUUCUAAUGACACAACAAGGACUCAAUAUGAUCGAGCACUGAGAUACCAAGAAGAUAGUGGCAGGUCAUUGGAAGUGAAGUGGAAGUACGAUGCUGAAUUUGGAGCUGAUAUCAGGGUCUAUAGACGGGCUGACCUGAAGCAGAAAAUGUGGCAUGAAAGAUACUGGGAACAAGUAAAUGACACUGAGGAUAAUUCUUAUUUUCACAGAAAAACAGAUGAUAUGUCGGAAGAAGAAACCCUGGAUGAGGAGAGAGGACCAUUCAGUGAAGUGCUUAGGAAGCUGGAUGCGGGAUAUAAGAUGGAUUAUUUAAUUGCUUGGGUAUUGGGUGGGAGAGGUGGCAUAUUGCUCGCAUUGUGCCUCUCCUUUGCGAGUUGGGCUUGUGGCAAAACCAGUAGUAGCACAGUUGCUUUAGUGGUGGUAGCUAUGUGGGUUGUUUCAAAUCUUGCAAGGUAUGCUCCUCUUCCACAAGGUGCACUUCUCACUCUUCUGUACAUGUCUAUUAAGCUACAGGUUGAUUUAAAGUAAGAUUGUUCUUCAUCAUCUUCUUUGUCGUGUCCUUCCCCCUCUGUAAUGUUUAUAUUUUCAUUCUAUAAGGAUGGCUGCACAGAUGUUAACUAUAUGAUGCUAAUUGCUUUAUUUUAGAGGGAUUAUUAGAAAUGUAAAUGGAGAUCAUCCAAUGUAUUUUGGACCAA